UCCCGCCCCCGCCCUACGUCAAGGCGACGCGGCGCGCGGCCGCCGUUUGAAUUCUGGCGGGCGGGCAGUGCCGUCUGUGGCGGGGAUGGCGGUGCUGCGGCCGUUCGACAAGCUCCCGGGGCUCAACUCCGCCGCCCUCCUGCUGGUGGGCUCGGACGAGGAGCUCCAGCAGAAGCUGGCGGAGGCGAUCCUCCAGGAGAAGAGGGACUUCAAAAUCAGCAUUCACAUUGCUACAUCCCUCCCCUUACCUUCAGAGAGGGAUCACCUUCGGCCCAGGAUAGAUCUGAUUGUGUUUAUGAUUGACAUCAAGAGCAAAUGCAGCUUGAAGAAUGUCGAAGCUUCCCUAGCUCAUGUGGAUGCCACCUUCUUCCUGGGGAAAGUCUGCUUUCUUGUCACUGGAGUUGGCAGGGUGAAUUGUUGCAGCAUUGAGACGAAUGCCGUCUGUAAACUGGGAGAAGCCUACUGCAGUCCUGUGCUAUUCUGUGAGCUGGAGCUGGAAGGCGUACGAGUUGCCACUGCUCAACGACUUCUCCGAAUGUUACAGAUCUGUGCUGGUCUCGUACCGGGAUUUUCUGCCUUGUCCUUUAGCUUACUGAUGAGGAACUCUGCUGAUGAUUAGCUUCUCGUUGUGAUAAUUCAGCCACAUUUGUCAGAUUUUUUUUCACUUCAGGCAUUCAAGCUGCUGCAGUUGGAAUCACAUUGGGGAGCCUUUUUGCCUGACUUGUCACAACCACUCAUCCAGAACUGUUCCUAGUUGCUUAUCUCUCAAGAAAAGCUUGAUUCCUAUUCAGUGGAUAGCGUAUAGGUGCUGUGGGAAGGGCAGUUUGAAUUGGGGAUUCUUGUCCUUUGUUACAUCUGAAUGCCAUUUCAUGAUCAAGUUUGAGUUUCAUCCACUUGGCCAGUGGCCAGGAGCUACAUGUUUUUCUGAGAGAAUAUCAGAAGAAUAGGCUACGAUUUCCAAAGUCCUAGGGAAGAGGCAGCAGACUCCUGCUUCCUUCCAGUUGAAAUAAAGCACCUUGGACUAAUGUGAAACCUUGCUGCCAGGUUUUGUCUCUCCACCAAGAGAGGGAUAAGGAAGGAAGGCUGGCCUGCAGCUUCUAGAUAGACCGCACUUGGCAGUUAAUAAUCCAGCUGUGUGAGCAUCUGCGCAUCAAAGGGCUCAGUAUUUCCAUGUCUGAUACUAACUGAGGAGGAAUGGACUAAAGAAGAUAAUCUAGCACUUUAGCUUUCUUUUAGAUCUUUGAAGAAAAAGACUCCACCUGUCAAGCCCAGGAUAGCCCCAGCAACCCAGCCCCCAGGGCUGAGCAGAGUUCAGAUGCAGCAGACUGGACCACAGCAGCACAUAGAAAACACAUGUCUGUACGUUUGGCACAUGCUGUGUAUAAUCUCUUUACUAACAGGUUCUUAGCAGCAGUAAGUCAUGCCUUAUUCUUACUGCAAGUCACUAGUGUUUGAGAGUUCUAAUUUAAUAAAAUGAGUAAUAUUUAAUAGUUGCAUGCUCUUUGUUAUGUAUGUGGGAUGGGCACUAAAAGCUGUGAACACUUGCUCUGGUUUGCGCUGGCAGCAAGGCUGGACCUUGCCGGCAGCUCAAACUCCCAGUUAGUUGUUGUGCUGCACUCGUGGCUUCAGCCACGUGGUGGUGGCAAAACCUUUCCAAAUACAGCUCUUCCGGUACACCGAGUUGAGCUACCUGCCAGAAUACAGUGUUUCUUGAGAUGCUGGGUUUUUCUUACCCAGAAUUGCAUGCCAGAUAGAAAUGAAGCCUAGAGAGAAUGUGUUAAACUCCGCUCUGGCUCAAUUUAUUUAAUCCCUAAUAGUCUGCUUUAAUGUUCCUAGGUGGAGAGCUCUAGCUGCGUGCGCUAUUUCAGUUAGCUUGUUUCUGACAUCUGUCUGUGAGCAGGAAAAGCAGAAAGCAGCACUGCAGGCUUAAUCAGCUGUGAGUGUUGGCAGUCUUUGCAAAGACAGCUCAGCAAGGCACAAAGCCUGUAUCCUUGCUCAGAGGACACACAAAUCCCAGUUCCAGUUGUAUUGUUGCUGGCGGGGGAGGGCUAGGUUGUUUUUCAGCUGGAACAAAAGAAGCUAAACCAUUCAGCUGUGUUAUGAUGCCCAAAGGGGCUGGACUCUGGCUAAAACCCAAAGGAGAAAGACAUGUGCAAACUGUCGUGGCUGUGUAAGGAAGAUUGGAAGCUUAAUGGGCAUGCCCUACUUUCAGCUAGCUUUGUGAUUCUGAAGGUACUAACCAGGACUUGGCCACCAGAGAGGGGAAAUCAUGCUGAGAAACAAGUUUUUGUGUUGGUUAUGCUGUCUCAGCCUUGCUCUUGAUUUGGAUCCCUCAAAAUAAAGGAGACCAUGGUUUAUAAUAGACUGGUUUCGAUUUGCUCUUGAUGUGCAGGUGCACUCUGGGGGAGGGAAGGAAGGAAUGUGGCA